AUGCCUCCCUUUAACCUCCCAAGGAUCCUCGCAGUUAUCCUCGCAAUCAUUUUUAUCGGGUCGCACAGGCCAUUUUGGAAAGCUGUGUGGGUUUGUUGCGUUCUUCUCCUUGCGUACAUCGCCACUCCUCGGUCAAGGUUAUUUUCCGGUGCCCAUCACCGCGUGCCGGACAUAUUAUCUGGGCAGCGUAAAUCACAGUCAGAUCAUGGAGCCAGUAACGUCUCAGAUGGCCGGGAUAGAUCUUCGGGAGAUCAGGAAAACGCUUUGAAGGAAGGAGACAAGACACUAGAUGAGAGCACCCCACCACCAGCUGAGUAUCCCCUACAGAUUUUGCACGACAAUCCGAAGGCAGUUGUUGAUAUCGUGGCGGUCCACGGACUUGGCGCAAACCCGGCUUAUGCCUGGGUUUGGCAUCCAAAGAACAACCCUCCCGGUGGCUCUGGAUAUCCCGACAAGCCAUUUAAUUGGUUAAAAGAGCUCCUUCCAAAGAAAAUGUCUUGUCGAGUUAUGGCCUUUAAUUACGACUCGAAAUGGUUGAUAGAUGCACCUCAGCAAAGGAUCUCUGACAUUUCGGGGACUCUGCUGAAUAGUCUUCAGAACAAUCGCAAGGAGGCAAGCCGUAGACCGUUGAUCUUUAUUGGUCACAGUUUUGGAGGAAACCUCAUUGAGCAGGCCAUCGUCGACGCGUCCCGAAAUCGCUCGGAGUUCACUCCCGUUGCUGAAUCUACGGUCGGGGUGGUCUUUCUAGGUACGCCUCACCGAGGCAGCCCUGCUGCAUCCUGGGGUGCUUUACUUGCGUCGCUUGCACCGCCCAGUCUUGUCACCGAAGACAGAAUUCUUCGAGACCUAGAACAGCAGUCGGACACCCUGACAGAUCGCUUGCAUCACUUCUCCAGUUGGUUAUUUGCCGAGUCCGUGCCUGUUAUGUGCUGCUUCGAACAGCUUAAGACAAACUAUGGGGCCAGGUUGGGACCCUUGGGAAUUCUUGUACCCCCGCGUCUCGUUGUACCCGAGAGCAGUGCCUGUAUCGAUGGCCAUCCCAAGAUGUCUCUCCACACAGACCACCUCAAGAUCAACAAAUUCUAUGGUCCAGAGGAUCCCUCUUUUCAGCUUGUCUAUCCACAGAUAUUACGAAUGGCUGAAGGUGCUGAAACGGCGCUCGAGCGCCGCCGAAACCCUAGGGCCAUUCUAGCCAACGAUAGAGGAACUUCAGGGAAACUUCAGGAAUGCCUUCGAGCGAUGGAAGUUGUAAAACCGGUAGAUAUCUUGUCCGAAAUCCAGACUCAAAAGGAGAAAAGAGUAGGGCACACUUGUGAGUGGAUUCUGAAACGGGAGGAAUUCUCUGCCUGGGGAGCCGAUAAAGAUCCACGACUUCUUCGCCUUGUUGGCUCCCCCGGUAUCGGAAAGACGAUGAUGUCCACCUUUCUUGUUGAGACACUCCAAAGAAAAGUUGAGAAAACUCCCGACACUAUAUUCGCUUACUUUUUCUGCGACGACAAAGACCAAGCGCGGAAAACACCAGCAGCCUUACUUCGGAGCCUUGUCUGGCAGCUACUGGUUCAAAGGAACGAGCUAUUCAAACAUAUUCAGACGGACUUUGAGGACCACAAGAGUAGCAGCGUCUUCGAGAAACUUUUCGAGAACUUCACUGCUCUCUGGCGAAUCUUUCAAGCAAUGCUCCGAGACAGCCGCGCCGGUGAAGUAUUUAUCCUCAUUGAUGCUCUGGAUGAAUGUGAGAAAUCUACGCGCAAGGCUUUACUCCUUGGCAUCAAUACACUUUUUCAGAUACCGCCAACAUCAGGGGAAGGGAAAUUUAAGUUCCUUAUUACCUACAGACCCGAAAUUAGCGACAUCCAUGAUGAACUAAGCGGAGUUGGUGUCUCUUUGAGCAUAGACUCGAGCAAAGUUAAUGCUGAUCUGGCCGAAUACAUUGAGGUCAAAGUCGAGGAACUUACGAAGAGAAGAGACUAUAACAAGGAACUGAAAGACGACAUCAGAGAGGCUCUUGCGAACAAAGCCGGAGGAACCUUCCUCUGGGUAUCUCUUAUGUUUAAAGUUCUCUGUGAAACACCGAAAGAUGACGUGCGGUCCAAACUUAGGAAUCUUCCUGCGGGGCUUAACGAGACUUAUGCCCGGAUUUUGAACGAAAACGAUUCAGUCGACAAGCAAUCCCGUGCUCGCUUUCUUUUACUCAGUAUGGUCGCUGCCCGGCGGCCUCUAAAGAAAAUCGAAAUAGCAGCCGCAUUUGCGAUUUGGAAGAACAGCUUAGUGCUGCAAAUUGAGCAUCUGGAUGACUAUAAGGACAUAUGUUCGUCAUGUGGCUCUCUCAUCAGCUUAACUAUUGCGAGCAACGAUAUCGAUACGACAGUCAACUUCUGUCACCAGUCCGUGAAAGAUUUCUUACUGGAAGAUCACAGUGGCUCAAAGGGAGCGUGGUAUCAUACUUCCCGAGACAGCGCAAAUCUUCUCAUGUUACAGGUGUGCUGGCGAUAUUUGAGCAGCGACGCAUUCAACCACGGUAAUUCAGUUAUACGUCGCGAGGGCCUCCCUGGCACAGAGCAACUGAAUAAAGUACCGUAUCAUUCCCUGGAAGAUUCCUUCCCAGGGUAUGCCUUCUUGAAAUAUGCAUCCGACGAGUGGGAGGACCAUGCAAUAGCAAUUGACCCCACCUUGUUGGACGGAAAGAUCAACCUUGAGAAGGCACCAACAUUACGCGAUGCCUGGUUACUACGGACGGCGGAAGAGGGACAAAUACGGACCUUGAAACUGUUAUAUGAACGAGGAGCGAGCCUCAAUACGGCAGAUGAGUAUGGCCGGACGCCGCUGUCAUGGGCCGCAGGGAACGGACACGAGACGGUGGUCAAGCUACUACUCGAGACGGGGAAGGUCGACCUGGACUCCCGAGAUAAUGAGUAUGGCCGGACGCCGCUGUCACGGGCCGCAGGGAACGGACACGAGACGGUGGUCAAGCUACUACUCGAGACGGGGAAGGUCGACCUGGACUCCCGAGAUAAGUAUGGCCGGACGCCGCUGUCACGGGCCGCAGGGAACGGACACGAGACGGUGGUCAAGCUACUACUCGAGACGGGGAAGGUCGACCUGGACUCCCGAGAUAAGUAUGGCCGGACGCCGCUGUCACGGGCCGCAGGGAACGGACACGAGACGGUGGUCAAGCUACUACUCGAGACGGGGAAGGUCGACCUGGACUCCCGAGAUAAGUAUGGCCGGACGCCGCUGUCACGGGCCGCAGGGAACGGACACGAGACGGUGGUCAAGCUACUACUCGAGACGGGGAAGGUCGACCCGGACUCCCGAGAUAAUCUAUGUGGCCGGACGCCGCUGUCACGGGCCGCAGAGAACGGACACGAGACGGUGGUCAAGCUACUACUCGAGACGGGGAAGGUCGACCUGGACUCCCGAGAUAAUCAGUAUGGCCGGACGCCGCUGUCACGGGCCGCAGAGAACGGACACGAGACGGUGGUCAAGCUACUACUCGAGACGGGGAAGGUCGACCCGGACUCCCGAGAUGACGAUGGCCAGACGCCGCUGUCAUGGGCCGCAGAGAACGGACACGAGACGGUGGUUAAGCUACUACUCGAGACGGGGAAGGUCGACCUGGACUCCCGAGAUAAUCUAUAUAGCCGGACGCCGCUGUCAUGGGCCGCACGGAACGGACACGAGACGGUGGUCAAGCUACUACUCGAGACGGGGAAGGUCGACCUGGACUCCCGAGAUGACGAUGGCCGGACGCCGCUAUCAUGGGCUAUAGAGAACGGACACGAGACGGUGGUCAAGCUACUACUCGAGACGGGGAAGGUCGACCUGGACUCCCGAGAUAAUCAGUAUAGCCGGACGCCGCUGUCAUGGGCUGCACGGAACGGACACGAGACGGUGGUCAAGCUACUACUCGAGACGGGGAAGGUCGACCUGGACUCCCGAGAUGACGAUGGCCGGACGCCGCUAUCAUGGGCUAUAGAGAACGGACACGAGACGGUGGUCAAGCUACUACUCGAGACGGGGAAGGUCGACCUGGACUCCCGAGAUAAUCAGUAUAGCCGGACGCCGCUGUCAUGGGCUGCACGGAACGGACACGAGACGAUAGUCAAGCUACUACUCGAGACGGGGAAGGUCGACCUGGACUCCCGAGAUAACGAUGGCCGGACGCCGCUGUCAUGGGCCGUAGAGAACGGUCACGAAGCGGUGGUCAAGCUACUACGCGAGAACGGCGCUUGA